GUUAGCUCCACAGCUAAUCCCAAAAGUCACGUCACCUGUGCGGACUCGAUUAAAAAGUUUAGCGGUGAAUCUGAGGCAGCUGCGGGAGUUCAGACUGUUUGCUCCUAAAAAAACUUUGUGUUGCGUGUUUUUUUUGCGGGAGUCGUAUUUUCUCUGGCUUUCACGCAACCUGAACAUUUGCGUUUUCGGGACAGCUGCGGGUUUUAAAUGAAGCUCGGCCCCGCACACGCACUCGGUUAAAGAGUAAUAUCGGAGGGAAAUGCGGUAAAGAGGAGGCGGCUCGCUGCUCUGGGUCUGCUGCUACACUGAGGCCUGCGGGUCGGGCUUCCACCGGGCUCGAGUAGAGCCCGACGCCGCCGUCGGAGGGUCGGAGGCCGGCAGUGCGCGCUGCCGCCGCCGGGCCUGCGCACCGCGGGAUGGAACGGAUGGAAGUGGACCAGUGCGCAGGCGCAGCUGGAGGGGCAGGAGGCGGGGCUCUCCGCAGGUCCAACAGCGCCCCCAUGAUCACCAGCGUCAGUGACGGGAUGACGGUCUUCAGUCCGGUGGUCUCGGCUCGAUACAGACGCAGCAGCGUGUCCAUCAACCCCAGCUGUCCCUCUCAGCUCGUCCCUCUGUCUCCUUUCUCUCUGACCGGAGACAGACUCGACCACAAGAGGCAGGAGGAAAACAUGGAGAUGAUGCUCAGAGGAAGUCUGCAGAGAUUAAGUGCUUCCAGUCUGAUCCCAGUUCCUCCAGUCAGUCAGUGGCACGAUCACGCGCCUGUGUGGUUUCAGUCGCAGGACAGCGGAGUCACACCCAACUCCUCCCCCAGUCCCACCAGGAGGUUCAGACCAACUGUCAGCGCCACUGUGAGAUGGCCGGCGCUAACGCCACUCAAGAGGAAAGGCGGCGUGGAGUCUGACGGUCCACCCAAGAAGCUGUUUGUUGCCGGGGUAACAGAUCCCGCCCACCGCAGCAGCUACACAGUGAGCGUGUCUCAGUCGACGGCAGACUCUCCACCAGCAGGAGGCGUCAGUCCUCAGUCCAGCCCUCUGUCUCUCUCUCCUCCUCCCUCCUUCACCCCCUUUACCUCCCACCAGCAUCCAGGACAUUAAACACCACCCUUCCCUCCCCUCCCCUUCCUCACCCAGAGUCCCGACCCGGUCACUGUGGGUGCAAACCGACCACCAGCAGCUCCAGAGGAACCCAGACCUGAUUCACAGGAGUUCAGUCUGGUUUCUGCUGUCUGACGUUUCGUUCUGGAGAUUUUUUUUUUUACAGCCUAAAAAACUUCGGACAGAAACUUUUCUUGCAUGUUUCUGAUCUGCCCGGAUAUUUAACCCCAUAAUCAUUCAGUUUAAUGGAUAGCGGCUCCAUCGCUCUGCAGUUACGUCCAUGUUGGACUUCGUUGGUCCUCUGAAAGCAGGACAGAAGGACAUGUGUUCACUUUGACCCUAAAAGACGAGUCCAACCGAGGACUGCGGGUCUACAGAGGAUCCAGCAGCAGCGUCGGCAAACUUUGAGUUAAACUGAGGACGCACUGGUUGUGUCGUCAGGACCGAUGCUUCUGCAAGGAUGUACAUGAAGAGAAAGGUGUGACGUGUAACCGCAGGAAGAGAGAGCACACCUUCCGAAUGUCAACGUGACGCGUGAAACUGAACAUCAAGCAAGCGAAGAAAAAAACACGUACGUAGCUUCACAGUCGUCUCUGAACGAUCCUGUUCACGCAGCGUAGACGAGAAGCACGUUCACGCAGCGUAGACGAGAAGCACGUUCACGCAGCGUAGACGAGAGGAACGUUUACGCAGCGUAGACGAGAAGCACGUUCACGCAGCGUAGACGAGAUUAACGUUCACGCAGCGUAGACGAGAUUAACGUUUACGCAGCGUAGACGAGAUUAACGUUCACGCAGCGUAGACGAGAGGAACGUAGCAUGUUUACGAAGCGUAGACGAGUAGCACGUCUACACGGCGUAGACGAGUAGCACGUUCACGCAGCGUAGACGAGAGGAACGGACCACAGAAACUCAGAACGUGGAGCGAGACUAACGUGUCCAAUAAUUCGUGGACUUCGAAGGACUCGGAGCCUGAAAUGGGACUUCGCUUUAUUGUUGCUGCUUCCUGGAUGGAUAAAAUCCCGAGGUUGCUGAUUGGAGGAUGCAGCUCCAGUCCAAUCUGACCAAUCAGUGAGUUCCAGGUCUGAUCAAUCACUUCGAGGUUCAGAAGACGAUCUCAUAAAGUCUUGAGUUGUAAUCAAGACACCGAAGCGGGAGACGAUAAAAACGGUUCAGACUGACGAGUCGAAGCUCUUCAGGGAUCCGGUCGACUGAACUACUUCCUGUUGUACUUGUUGGAAGUCAAGUAUGUAAACUUAUUGAUCUUUCUAUGAGGAAGAUGUAGAAAUCAUCAGAUUUAUUUAGACAUGAGUCGUGAGUAUUCAUGACUGAUGGACUCUGCCGGCACUUAAUCAGAUCAGUGAACCGUGUUCUUAUCGUUUUAUUCAGAUGUUUGCUGAUGAUGAAUUUUGUGUCUUCGGUCAAAAAAAACUAAUAACUGAAUAUGCAGAAAUUUAAACAUCCAGCAAAAUACUGUAAAAAAAAAAAAAAUCUUUGUCCAAACCCUGAAACCAAAUGCAGCUUUUUUCUGAGGCCAAAACAAACUUGUAAUUAUUGAGAUUUUUUUGUCUGAUAUUUUUAAACCCAACAAGUCAAACAUGAAAUUCAGCCACUGAACAAAGUUUCAGUCAAUGAAGUCUGAGAUUUUUGUGUUUUAACGAAAAGUUUUGAGUCGUCUGUCGCGGCUGCGUCUCGCUGACUGAAGCCUUCUGUUUUUUUCAGAAGAAACUUGACAGAUUUCAAUUAUCCGUCAACCGUUUGUUGGACUCUGGCCGAGCGGUUCACUGUGGGAGGACUUUGUCCCGGGACGAGAGGCCGGUUUUACAAACUGGCCUCCAGUCAGCAGAGGCGUUUGUUUAUAGUGUAUCUAUAUGUGAAUAUUGACAGCGGAGCAGCUGAUACGUGCUCAGUUUUCUUCAGCCUGCAGGGUUUGAUUGUACAUAUUAAAUCUGCAGGAAGCGACCGCGCUCUUCCUUCUUUAAAGGUGCAUUUACACAUUUAACUGUUUGAUUUGUUAGUUUUUCUCCGACUUCAGUCUGUUCUACUUGAAAUCAAACACAUCGUCCUUCACAGUUUCAUUAUGGUUAAAACCCCCAUAAAACAUAAAUACUCAUGUAAUCAGUACUUCUUAUUUCCUUUUGGUUCCUUUCUGUCAUCUGUUAAACUUUUUAAAGGAAGUUUUCAGUUUUAUUUCUGAGUUUAUAACAGCUGAUUUAUUUUAAGACCAGGACUAAUCGCUUGGCUUUUUCUUUCUGGACCUAUUCCUACUUUUUUUGCACUUAAUGGAAAAACUUCUUAAUUUGAGAAAUUCACCAGUUUAGGUCAGUGACAAUGAUUCAAUAUUAUUAACAUCGUCUCAGAUUUCUGUUGGAGGCUGUUAAUAAAAUUUGAUGUAAAACAGUGAAACAUAUUUCAUUGUUUUUGAACAUCAUUUAUUUGAUGUGACUUUGCACAUAUUUGCCAUAUCGUGUUAAAUAUCAGAGAAUAUCCUCAUGACUGUGAUCAUAGUAUCAGCCGUACUGAACGGUCCUCGUUGGUCCUGUUUUUUAAACGUUGAUAAUUAAACAUUUAUAUUGACUCCCAAAAGAGACACGAGACACUUUCCGCUCGGUACAGUUUAUCCAACAUGGUCACAAACUGUCCAACAGGAAGUGACGAGGCGCUAGGGAUGUUUUCAUGGUAUAAUAAUGUAAUAACUUAUUAUGUUAUUGGUUCCGAAAUCCUAUUACAUUAAAGAACGGGCAAAAUUAUUUCUUUAUUGGCUGUUAUUGCGUUAUUGGCUGCUACAGACUAACUUAUUACCGAGUCAAAGUAGCUGAGGGCAGCAGUUAAAAUUCACUGUCAGGUUCAACUUCAACAGAAGGUGGAGAUGCUUUACAGAAGCUUAGAGCUCCUCCUAGUGGCCGAAAGUGAAAACUGCUCUCCAGUAGCUGUUAAUGAACCUUUCAUACUAGACAGCUCAACUCUUGAUCAACCCUUUGUAGGUCACACCAAGAAAGUGCUAUUUUAAAAAGCAUUGUUUUGCUUUUCCUCUUUGUUGCCAUGACAACAUAAAACAUGGAUUUAUAUCCUCAUUGAUCCUAAAUGUAAUGCUUUACAGACCUCUACAGACUCAUUCACACCUCAUUGGUUCUAAACUUUUCUUUAAAAACAUGUUAGAGACUCAUUCUGUUCAGCAGGAUCUCUGAUGUCAGCAGUGAUUUGUGUUAUUCUUGGUUUAUACACUAAAGCACAACCUGUAUCUAUAGCAACCAUAGAACACAACCUGUAUCUAUAGCAACCAUAGAACACAACCUGUAUCUAUAGCAACCAUAGAACACAACCUGUAUCUAUAGCAACCAUAGAACACAACCUGUAUCUAUAGCAACCAUAGAACAACCUGUAUCUAUAGCAACCAUAGAACAACCUGUAUCUAUAGCAACCAUAACACAAUCUGAUGGUCUGUCUGUGCAUUACAUACCUCGUACAAGUGCUAAAGAUUGACCUAAAAGUUAAAUGGGUUCAAUAGAUUUUAGUUUUUGAGCAGAUAUCGUGACACAAAGUGACCCAAUGAACGAUUAUUUGGUUUUAUUGACGCAUCCCUACGCGACGCUCACAGGAAACGAUCCGGCGUGAAAACAUCUUGUGUCUCUAGAAGGUUUCGUCAGCAGGUCCGUACAGACGUCUUCAACAUUUAGCGAUGUUUUAUUUGUCUGAUGGAUAUUCUCGUUCUAACUCGACACGAGCGAAAGAAAUGCGUCGUUUCAGAGUCGGUGAAUCGAGCUGCAGCUCCGCUUCCAGCUUUUUGCACUUGCACAGUAUUGUACAGUUUUUUUACUAUCAUUCAUCUUUGUGCCUAAACUCGUCUUCAUACUUCAGAGGAGCGACUGUCAGGUAGUCUUUUUUUUCUCCUCGCUCGUCGAUUUUAAAAGUCAGAUUUGAGAGAUUUUAACUUUGCUGUGUUAGUCAGCUGACCCGCCACCUGUGAGAAAUGUUUGUAUAUAAAGUCUAUAAGCUGUUUUUAUGGAAGUGUCUUUAUUCCCAAAAAAGAGAAAACAAUGAACGGAUCCGUCGGUCGCUGCUCGUUCAGUCGAUCCGACGCCGCUGAGAUCUUAAAAAAAAAAAAAAAAAGUUUUCCAAAAUCUUUUUAGUGACAUUUAACAUCAUAUUUUUCUUUUUGUCACAACUUUGCACAAAUACUAGUUUGACCAUUUUAAUCUUUUCUCUCUGUUACAUGAUGGGUGGAAACAUCCUCGUAUAAGAAAUGCUGUUAAGUUUUUGCUGCUUUUUGCUACUUUUCCUGAUUUUCCUGAUUUUUUUUUUGUUUUUCUUUUUUGUCCACUUGUUGCUGUCGGAGAGUUCGUCCUGUUUCCAAUGAGUUCAGACCACAGUUAAAAAUACAGCUUU